AUGCCCGCCAGACCUGCGCCGGGGAGCCAGGAGGGCUACAGCUCGUCUUCUCCACCGUCUAUAGACCCUCAUCAAAACGAUCCAUUCAAUCUCCAGGCCCAGGCUCACGACGGCUACUAUCGCAGAGAUACCUAUCCUCAAGAAACGAACCAAGAUCAGUACUACGACCAGCACGCUCCUUACGACCCAUAUUCUCCACAUGACAAUGAUUCUCCCGAAGCUAACGUAUAUGGCCAACGAUAUGCGACUUCGUCAGAGUCGCUUCAUCAUCAGAUUGGAGAUUCAGCCUAUACAGAUUACAGUGGCCCCAGCAAUGCUCGCGAUUCCUAUCCAGCCUGGUCCACUGAGCGGCAAAUCCCACUUUCAAAGGAGGAAAUUGAGGAUAUCUUUCUUGAUCUCACGCAGAAAUUUGGUUUCCAGAGGGACGCAAUGCGGAAUAUGUUCGACUUUCUCAUGCAGCUGCUCGACAGCAGGGCCUCUCGAAUGUCCCCAAACCAAGCGUUACUGACUCUUCAUGCCGACUAUAUCGGCGGUCAGAAUUCAAACUAUCGGAAAUGGUAUUUUGCGGCCCAGCUCGACUUAGACGAUGCCAUCGGUCAGGUACAGAACCCCGGUAUUCAUCGGCUAAAGUCGAAGCGAGGUGGUGCCAAACGGCCACCACAUGAAAAAUCUCUUGCAACGGCUAUGGAGCGUUGGCGGCAGGCAAUGAACAAUAUGUCGCAGUAUGAUCGCUUGCGUCAAAUAGCCCUAUAUCUUCUUUGUUGGGGUGAAGCCGCGCAGGUUCGGUUUGUUCCCGAAUGCUUGUGCUUCAUCUUCAAGUGCGCCGACGAUUAUUACCGAUCUCCUGAAUGUCAGAACAGGGUAGAACCGGUGCCGGAGGGAUUAUACCUACGGGCAGUCAUCAAGCCCUUGUAUAGGUUCAUUCGGGACCAAGGCUACGAGGUGCAGGAUGGGAAGUUUGUGAGGCGGGAAAGAGAUCACGCUGAGAUCAUUGGUUAUGAUGACGUCAAUCAGCUCUUCUGGUAUCCGGAGGGCAUUGCGAGAAUCACACUCAAUGACAAAACGAGGCUGGUCGACCUCCCGCCCGCACAACGGUUCAUGAAGUUCGACCGAAUAGACUGGAACAGAGCCUUUUUCAAGACAUAUUACGAGAAACGGUCAUUCGGUCACCUCCUCGUCAACUUCAACCGAAUAUGGGUUAUUCAUGUGUCAAUGUAUUGGUUCUACACGGCUUUCAACUCCCCCGCAGUCUAUUCUUUCUCCAACACCCAGGCGCCUGCUCCUGCUAUGACAUGGAGUGCCACGGCGCUUGGGGGUGCUGUUGCAUCUAUAAUCAUGAUUCUCGCCACCCUCACAGAAUUCUCAUACAUCCCCACUACAUGGAACAACACAUCUCACCUAACCCGUCGACUUCUUUUCCUCCUUGUGACCCUAGGACUCACCUGCGCCCCUACCAUCUACAUUGCGAUAGUCGUCGCUAACGGUACUGACGGCCAAUUAGCGUUGAUUCUGGGCAUUGUCCAAUUCUUUAUCUCUGUUGUGGCUACUCUCCUGUUCGCCAUCAUGCCUUCCGGGAGAAUGUUCGGCGACAGGGUGGCUGGCAAGUCCAGAAAGUAUCUUGCCAGUCAAACAUUUACGGCUUCAUAUCCGUCAUUGGGAAAAGCGCCUCGUCUAGCUUCCAUCAUGCUUUGGGUACUAGUUUUCGGCUUCAAAUUUACCGAAUCCUACUUUUUCCUCACGUUAUCAUUCAAAGACCCAAUUCAGGUAAUGGUUGGGAUGAAAAUCCAGGGAUGCAGGGACAAGUACUUCGGCAACGCUUUAUGCACAAAUCAAGCCGCGUUCACGUUGGCCAUUAUGUAUAUCAUGGACCUCGUGCUUUUCUUCCUGGACACUUUCCUUUGGUACAUUAUUUGGAAUACGGUCUUCAGUGUGGGAAGGAGCUUCGUUUUGGGGUUGAGUAUCUGGACACCUUGGAAGGAUAUCUUCACGAGAUUACCGAAGAGGAUCUACUCCAAAUUAUUGGCCAGCCAGGACAUUGAAGUCAAGUAUAAGCCAAAGGUUUUGGUCUCGCAAAUUUGGAACGCCGUUAUUAUCUCAAUGUACAGGGAGCACCUUCUGUCUAUCGACCACGUACAGAAACUCCUCUAUCAUCAAGUGGACACUGGAGACGGUGGAAGACGCAGUUUACGUGCCCCGCCAUUCUUCAUCAGCCAACGGGAUAAGACCUUCAAGGGCGAGUUCUUCCCAAAAGGAAGCGAGGCGGAACGGCGAAUUUCGUUCUUUGCUCAGUCGUUGACGACCAAUAUGCCACCGCCUCUUCCAGUGGAUGCCAUGCCAACCUUUACGGUCUUGACUCCUCAUUAUAGCGAAAAAAUCUUAUUGUCUUUGAGGGAGAUCAUUCGUGAAGAGGAUAAGCACACCCGGGUCACGCUCUUGGAAUAUCUCAAGCAGCUACACCCUAUCGAAUGGGAGAAUUUUGUGAAGGAUACGAAAAUCCUAGCGGAGGAAUCUGCGAUGUUCAAUGGACCCAGCCCCUUUGGCGACGAGAAAGGUCAAUCCAAAGCGGACGACUUACCCUUCUACUUCAUCGGCUUCAAAAGUGCCGCCCCCGAGUUCACACUCCGCACACGCAUUUGGGCUUCCCUUCGUGCUCAAACUCUCUAUCGCACUGUCUCUGGUAUGAUGAACUACUCCAAGGCUAUCAAGCUCCUAUACCGUGUCGAAAACCCCGAGGUCGUACAGCUUUUUGGUGGUAACACUGACAAAUUGGAACGAGAGUUGGAACGUAUGUCCAGGAGGAAGUUCAAGUUUGUCGUUUCCAUGCAGCGAUACUCCAAGUUCAACAAGGAGGAGCAUGAAAAUGCCGAAUUCUUGCUUCGUGCCUAUCCAGAUUUACAGAUCGCGUAUCUCGAAGAGGAACCGCCACGGAAGGAAGGUGGUGACCCCAGGAUCUUCUCUGCGCUUAUCGACGGCCACAGCGAGUUUGUUCCAGAAACGGGCAAACGGAGACCCAAGUUCAGGAUUGAGCUCCCCGGUAACCCCAUUCUGGGUGACGGAAAGUCGGAUAACCAGAAUCACGCCAUCAUUUUCUAUCGCGGAGAAUAUCUGCAGCUCAUUGACGCCAACCAGGACAACUAUCUUGAAGAGUGUUUGAAGAUUCGAAACGUUCUUGCUGAAUUUGAGGAAUUGGGUGUCUCUAGCCAAAGCCCUUACGCUCAGUGGGAUAAGGAAUUCAAGAGGGCACCCGUAGCCAUCGUCGGUGCGAGAGAAUACAUCUUCUCGGAGAACAUUGGUAUCCUCGGUGACGUUGCUGCUGGCAAAGAACAGACGUUCGGUACCUUGUCUGCCAGGUCGUUGGCUUGGAUUGGAGGGAAAUUGCACUACGGACACCCGGAUUUCUUGAACGCGUUAUACAUGACGACGCGUGGCGGCGUUUCGAAGGCUCAGAAAGGACUUCAUCUCAACGAAGAUAUCUACGCCGGUAUAAACGCCUUCGGACGAGGUGCCAGAAUCAAGCACACGGAAUACUACCAAUGCGGAAAGGGACGAGACCUUGGAUUCGGAACUAUUCUCAACUUCCAGACGAAGCUGGGUACUGGUAUGGGUGAACAGAUGCUGAGUCGAGAAUACUACUACCUUGGGACGCAGCUGCCUAUCGACCGAUUCCUCACGUUCUACUAUGGUCAUCCGGGCUUCCAGAUUAACAACAUGUUGAUUAUACUCUCCGUCCAGGUCUUUAUUGUCACCAUGGUCUUCCUCGGUACUUUGAAUUCUCAGGUGCCUGUUUGUAGAUACACGGAUAAAGGACAGUUUAUUGGUGGACAGGCUGGUUGCUAUAACCUUGUACCCGUCUUCCAGUGGAUUGAACAUUGCAUAAUCAGUAUCUUCUUGGUGUUCAUGAUCGCUUUCUUACCUCUGUUCCUCCAAGAGCUCAUCGAACGUGGAAGCUGGAAAGCGCUCCUCCGUUUGGCCAAACAAUUCGGGUCCAUGUCCCCUGCCUUCGAAAUCUUCUCUACCCAGAUUUACACCCACUCCAUACUCAGCAACUUGACUUUUGGCGGAGCUCGUUACAUCGCCACAGGUCGUGGUUUCGCAACGAGUAGAAUCUAUUUCAAUAUUCUGUUCUCGCGGUUCGCCGGGCCUAGCAUCUACCUUGGCAUGCGCACCCUCCUUAUGUUGUUGUAUGUCACUUUGACGUUAUGGACUCCUUGGAUCACCUAUUUCUGGGUGUCGAUUAUAUCAUUGUGCAUUGCGCCUUUCCUGUUUAACCCUCAUCAAUUUGUCUUCUCCGAUUUCAUUAUUGAUUACAGGCAAUUCUUGCGAUGGAUGAGCCGCGGUAACUCGCGUUCGCACACCAACUCAUGGAUAGGGUACUGCCGUUUAUCAAGAACGAUGAUCACUGGUUACAAGAAAAAGAAGCUCGGACAUCCGUCAGAAAAAUUGUCUGGUGACGUGCCGCGUGCGCCUUGGAGGGCUGUCAUUUUCUCCGAGGUUAUCUUCCCCAUUGCCAUGGCGGUCCUUUUUGUUGUCGCGUACAUGUUUGUCAAAUCUUUCCCAGUUGACGGGAAGGUACAGAACACUCCUUUGGUCCGAAUUGCGGUGAUAUCUCUGGGCCCUAUCGUAUGGAAUGCCGCAGUCUUAAUCGUCUUGUUCUUAUUCUCUUUAUUCCUUGGACCCAUGCUGGAUCCCGUCUUCCCUAUGUUCGGAUCAAUCAUGGCGUUCAUUGCCCACGUACUCGCUGCUGUUGGUAUGAUUGGCUUCUUUGAAUUCCUGUGGUUCCUUGAACUAUGGGAAGUCUCGCAUGCUGUUCUGGGCUUGAUAACAGUCGUCGCAAUUCAGAGGGCCAUCCACAAAGUUUUGAUUUCAGUAUUCCUUUCACGUGAAUUUAAGCACGAUGAGACGAACAGGGCCUGGUGGAGUGGUCGCUGGUAUGGCCGCGGUCUAGGAACUCAUGCCAUGUCUCAACCAGCGAGAGAGUUUGUCGUCAAGACUAUCGAGCUGUCCUUGUGGAGUUCCGAUCUCAUUAUCGGACAUGUUUUACUAUUCAUGCUCACGCCCCCUACACUCAUUCCCUACUUCGAUCGAUUCCACGCUACGAUUUUGUUCUGGUUGCGCCCAUCGAAACAAAUUCGCGCGCCCUUGUACUCGAUCAAGCAAAAGCAACGGCGUCGGUGGAUGAUAAUAAAAUAUGGAGCUGUCUAUGUUUGCGUCCUAGCCGCUUUCAUUGCUUUAAUCGCGAUUCCUGCCGUUUUCCGGACCACUCUACAUAUGAACUGUUCACUCUGCAGCAGUAUCUAG